AUGGACAAUUCUCUAAUAUUUCCUCUUUUUCUUGUCUUUCUAGGUCCAAGCCACAGUCACUGGACUUACGAAGACCAGCAUCAUUGGGCUACUUCUUAUCCUGAUUGUGGUGGAACGUCCCAGUCUCCCAUUGACAUUGAUACAAGGAAGGCCGUCUUCAGUCGCCAGCUUCCUCCCAUUGAGCUGAAGAAUGACGACACGCUUCCUCGGGCAGAAACACUGACUCUGCUUAACAAUGGACAUACACUUCAGCUCAACCUGCCCAGUACUCUCAGCAUGAGUAUUGGCACUGAUGUGUACCAUGCAGCCCAACUGCACUUCCACUGGGGGACAGAUGGACAAGAAGGUUCAGAGCAUUCUGUAGAUGGAGAGCAUUAUGAUGCAGAGAUCCAUGUGGUUCACUAUUCUGAUAAAUAUCAGAAUCUUAAAGAAGCAGCAGACAAGGUGGAUGGAUUAGCAGUCCUGGGGGCCUUCAUACAGGUUGGAGAAGAAGAAAAUGCAGGUUAUCAACGUGUAUUAACGUAUCUGAAGAAUGUCACUGAAGAAGGGAGCAGAACCACAGUUCCGUUUGUCAAUGCCAAUGAUCUGCUGCCUGUGAGAUUGGAUCGCUAUUUUCGCUACAAUGGUUCUUUGACAACUCCACCUUGUUUUCAGUCUGUUACAUGGACAGUGUUCAAUGAGACAGUUUUUGUUUCCAAGGAACAGUUAGAACUACUGGAAUCCACUUUAAAAGGAGAUCAUGAUAGUAUUCUAUCAGGAAAUUUCCGAACUCUCCAAGACCUGAAUGGACGCAAUGUACUGGCUUCAUUUCCUUCCUCAGAUCAAAAAAAGUCAAUUGGUUCAAAAGCACCUUCUGAUGAGAAGCAGAGCAAUUCUGUGGAUGAAGAUCCUGAGUUACCAGAAUCAUCAUACAGACUAGGGGACAUCUUAGCAAUUGUGUUUGGAGUUCUUUUUGCCAUUACACUGACAGCAUUUAUAAUCUAUGUGCUGCAUCAUCGAAAGAAGAACACAAGGUCUGGAUCAGACAAAAGAGAGAAUGUGAUCUACAAAGCAGCAGUCAUGCAAGAAGCAUGACAUAACUCUGAAGGAAACUGCAUCAACAAGACACAUGUGACAUUAAACUAUAACCCACAUUGUCAGGAGGAGCCAUCUUGUCUGUGUGUUACAGGUGAAGUGGUACAUUGAAGUAUCACUCACAUCAACAGGACUUUCACACAAGAGGAGAAGAAUUGAUUAUGAUGCAGCAUAAUAUUUUCUUUCAUUUAUCCUGUGAAAAUCUCAGCUGCUAUUAUUCCCUUAUUUUUGGUGUGUGUGUGUGUGUGUGUGUGUGUGUGUGUGUGUGUGUGUGUGUGUGUGUGUGUGUGUGUGUGUGUGUGUGUGUGUGUGUGUGUGUGUGCGUGUGUAUGUGUGUGUGUGUGUAGCUGCCAUUCUGUCUCCAUCUUACGAUUCCUGUCUAGUAUUUCUGAUUCUGCCACAUACAGGCAGCAAGGCUACUUCUGUCCUCUUCACCCUUCCAUCUUUCUCUCCUGACACUCUUCUUCCAUCCUACUCCUCUCUCUUAGUUCCUGUUUGUCUAGUUCUCUCUCUGUCACCAUUCUGCCUUCCUGUAUUUCUCCCUCCUUCCUCUUCUUUUUCUCCCUUUCAGUCCUUCACAACAACCACAAGUCCUGGGCUAGACUUCGCCCAUUCAAGAUUAAUGCAGCACAACAUGAUGGUUGACCUACUGAUGUAUAUAUCCUGUCAAUAUAAAAGGGUUUGAGCACAUUGAAUUAAAUUAGAAUUUGUAAUCCAGUUACUGCAGAUACUUUCAGUGAGGAUUUCUUACAUUCUGAGUUAUUGACCCUUGAUAAAAUAGCCACCAAAAUGUGCCAUCUGAUUGACUAAAUUAAGUCCUUUUAGCUGUGGUAAGUAACAGCUACCACAACAAAAAGGUUUCUUUUAGCCUAAAAAGAAAAUAGAUUCAAACUUACCACCAUUACAGUGCAGUUUGUGAAAAGUUUGUUACUCCCAAAAUCUGCAGGCUAGCUACGUGUUGCUGUCCCUUUUACAGUCCCAGAAUAACAAAGUCAACUGCAAUAUGACUCUGCUUUGAAUCAGUGUACUUUGUAUAUGUCUGCACAUACAAAAAUAAAUACAUGCCCUGCAUAUGGCACAGACUGUCUCCAUUCCAUUAAGAGCACAGUGCAUCCUCUUUUUUAAAAAUAAUACCAGUAUAUUAUGAUGAUGAUGAUCAUGAUAAUAAUAAUAAUCACUGGUAACCACGGCUAAAAAAGGACUUACUUACAACAUUUUCCAUCAGAUAUUUACCCUUAUGACUAUACCAUACAAGAUGGGAUAAAUUCAGUUUCACCUAUGCUCCAGUGGUGAUUAUUACUGUGAUUAUUAUUAUUUAAUAUUAUUAAUAUUAAAAUAACUCACUGCAGUUAUCUGAAUAAAAAAAAACCUUAACCCUGUACAAUAUAUUAAAUACCAUGAUUAUCUUUAACAAAAAGAAAGCAUUCAUUCAUUCAUACUUGUUCUAUUUUCCAAAUAAUAUAAUGUUUAACAAUACAAUCAUCAAUCAACUAUUAUACACCUUUAUAUAUACUAUGUGCAAUUGACCUGAACAAAGGAGGAAA